AGGUUCGGUGAGUUGGCCGCUUUGGCUGCGCUCACGGAGAGCGAAACCGAUGCGAGUGGAAUUAGUCAACUUCUGGUACCAUACCAGAGCGCAUCGUUCAUUCGUACGCAGGACGAUUGAGAGCCGGUUCAAUAUUUCUCAGAUAGGCAGCAUCAACACCUUAUUUAUCGCGCGACAUUUGGUGAUUCGCCAUCGACUGAUUCCGAUUGAUUGACAAUUCUUGUGACUGAUUAUUGGUUGUCGGGGUGUUUUCUCGAUGGUUGAAGGACGCUUCUCACCCCGCGUUAUUCAGUGACUUGAGGACAGAGCUCUGCAGAUUUAGUGAAGGUGGAAGACAUUGCAGUGUGUUCUUGUGCUGCGAACCUCAUCAGAGUCGGAGAGAUUUUGUGACACAGUGCGGACUUUUGGCCAGAGAGUUCCGUCGUCGAAUCGCACGAGACUCGCACAGUUCUCUUCUUUUUCUGAAGACAUCCUGAGAUGAUGGCAAAUCGACUUCGGGUUCGAAGACCUCCCAAGACAGAUGAAGACUGAACUCAACCCUUCCGUCUGAACUAAUCUUCCCACGCACCAAAGUUUUCGGCACAAGUGUGGCAGUGAAGGAGGGCUUGUUGUGACAGUGAAUCCCAAUUGCUCUGAGUGUGUUUUCCUGGGGCGCGAGCCAAACGGUGGGUGAAUUAGUUUGAGGUGUGAAGCCGAGACUCGAGUAUUCGCCAAGCAAGUGCGCGUGCAAUCACGGCCUAUUUAGCGAAUUGCCCCUCUUCGGAGGGUUUCAGCGGGUUGGUUGGCUUGGAGGGUGGCACCUCCAGACAACAGGCCCGGAUGCAGCCAACGCUGCCCCAGAGCACCGGGGCCGCCGACAUGGACUUACCAUCUGUCCAAUCAGUGGAGUGGUUGUUUAAGAAGGAACGCAUGUAUUUGCUGGCGCAAUUUUGGCAACAGAGAGCAACACUGGCCGAGAAGGAAGUGAACACCCUGAAGGAGCAACUGUCAUCCUCGUCGCCGGGAAAGGCGAUCACGCAGAACGGCGCGAUCGCGCCGCAGUCAUCCAGUCCGACCCUGUCGGAGAGCGGGAGCGUAACUAACUUAAGUAGCAAAUUGAACGUGAAGUCGGAGCUUGAGCUCACCGGGGAGGUGAAGAUGGAGCCGAGCGCGGACCAGGCGGCCAGCCGGACGACGCCCGGGCCGUGUGAUAAGCCGGAGGGCCAGCCGGCGACACCCAGCCUGCCCGUGUCCACGGACAGCAACCACAGCACCACCAGCGGCGGUGGGAGGACGCUCGCCGAAGACCUGGCCGCCAAAGACAAAGAGAUAUCCGCCUUAGUGGAGGAAGUAGCUCGAUUACGAAGUGCAAUUGCCGCCCUCCAGGAGUCUCAUGCCGCCCAAAUCCAGAGACUGGAGGAUCGACUGGAGCAGAAAAGACAGCAAAUCACCCGCCUCGAGGCAAGACUCGACAAACAGUCCGACUACGAGGACGUCAAGAAGGAGAACAGUCUCCUGAGGUCUGUUGACUUAUCCACAUCGGACUCUAAACAAUUCCAAGAAUUACUCCAGGAGAGGACCAAAGCUCUUGCUGCGCACUCGGAAGCCCUCAAAUCAGCCAGUGCAGAUGGAUCCGCAUCCGGCGUAGCCACUCCAUUCAGUCACAACAGCCUGCAGCCCGGUGCGAAAUUCCCGUCGUCGUCCUCCUCCUCCUCCCCCUGCACGCCGGCUCACACGCCGACCUCGACGCCCAUCUCCCUGCCGGCGUCCCACCCCGCGCCGCCCGCCGGCAAACUGAGCGCCAACGGCGCGCCGCCAAACCCACUCUUGCCACCACCGUUCGCCAACGUGGAGACAUUCGGCUCAUUCCUGGGUGAAGAAAUUGUCAGUAACUGGCGCCGCGGCCUCGAGCUGCCGCCGCCGCCGCCCCAUCACGCCCUGGCGGCCCUGCGGCCCGCAAUGCUAGCGCCCAUGAACCACCAAACGAGUCGUUCUCCCUCCACAGAUGCCCACCAGCUGAGCCACGAGGACAAGCCUCGCGACCACGACGCCUCGUCCACGGCCAGCAGCACGCCCGUGCUGGCCGGCGAGGAGCCGGUGAACGGCCAGGCGCACGCCAAGAGUCCCGCCGAGGACAACAACAACACCCUCGCGCCCCUACACGGCCACCCCAUGCUGCAGGGGCUGCCGUUCCAGUUCCAGGAGCGCGGCCACUUCCGCUUCGCCGAGGACCUGCAGCUGCCGCCCGGCUCCAUGGUGGGCCGCCUCGGCGACUCGCUCAUCCCCAAGGGCGACCCCAUGGAGGCGAAGCUGCAGGAGAUGCUGCGCUACAACAUGGACAAGUACGCCAACCAGAAUCUCGACACACUCCACAUCUCGCGGCGCGUCCGGGAGCUGCUCUCGGUGCACAACAUCGGCCAGAGGCUCUUCGCCAAGUACGUGCUGGGCCUCUCCCAGGGCACAGUGUCCGAGCUGCUGUCGAAGCCGAAGCCGUGGGACAAGCUCACGGAGAAGGGACGCGACAGCUAUCGCAAGAUGCACGCCUGGGGAUGCGAUGAUAACGCCGUGCUGCUGCUCAAGUCGCUCAUCCCGAAGAAAGCACCCCAGACGACACAUGCAGACGCUCACCAAUCAGAUCUUCCACCACAUCCUCCAUUCCCCAUUGAAUUUAGAAGAAAAGACUCAGCAAUGCCACCGUACGGCCGGCCGGAGGACAGCAUGACGGACGAGCGGAUAGCGCACAUCCUCAGCGAGGCGUCCAACCUGAUGAAGACGCCUGGCCAGCAGCCGCCGAUGAGCCAGUCCUCGAUGGGCCACCAGGAGGACACGCACAGCAACGAGGACUCCAAGUCGCCGCACAAUCAGUGCACGUCGCCCUUCUCCAAGGACUCAUCCCAGAACCGUCGUCUCAAGAAGUACGAGAACGACGACAUCCCGCAAGAGAAGGUGGCCAGGAUCUACCACGAAGAGCUGUCGAAGCUCAUGAAAGUGGCUCCCAGGGAUGGCUUCUCCAGUUUUCUCUUCCCGCACUUUUUCAGCGGUGGCAUGCCGCCGAUGAGCCAAAUCCAGGACGAGAGUCUGCGGAUGACGUUCGAGGCAUACCAGCGCGAGCUGGUGAAGCUCCAGCAGAGCGGCGCCAAUCUGCCCAACUUCCCCAACAUCCCUAAUCUGCCCAGCCUGCUGGCGCUGCAGCAGCACGCGCUGAACGGCGCCCAGGAUCUCAGCCUGCCGAAGGAGAAGCAGCUGAAGAUGAAUGGGCAGCAGUCCAGUGAGGCGGGGCACGACAAGGAUUCAGACGAUGCCCGUCACUCGGGCAGUGCAUUUAGUCUGGUGCGACCAAAGCAGGAGUCUGCAUCGACGCCCACCACCACCGCCUCGUCGGCCCCGAGUCCGCUGGGCAACUCCAUCCUGCCGCCCGCCAUCACGCCCACGGAGGACUUCUCGGCCGCCGCGAGUCCUCUGCAGCGCAUGGCAUCGAUCACGAAUAGCCUGAUCACGCAGCCGCCAGUCACGCCGCACCACUCGACGCCCCAGCGGCCGCUGAAGGCCGUCCUGCCGCCCAUCACGCAGCAGCAAUUCGACAUGUUCAACAAUCUCAACACGGAGGACAUCGUGCGCCGCGUGAAGGAAGCGCUGUCGCAGUACUCCAUCAGCCAGCGCCUCUUCGGCGAGUCCGUGCUGGGCCUGUCGCAGGGCAGCGUGAGCGAUCUUCUGGCCAGACCAAAGCCCUGGCACAUGCUGACCCAGAAGGGACGCGAGCCCUUCAUCCGCAUGAAGAUGUUCCUCGAGGACGAGAACGCUGUGCACAAGCUCGUGGCCAGUCAGUACAAGAUCGCCCCCGAGAAGCUGAUGCGCACCGGAAGUUACAGCGGCUCCCCGCAGAUGCCGCCCACGAUGGCCGGCGGCAAGAUGCCGCACAUGCCGAAGCUCCUCAACGAGCAGAUCACGAAGAUGCAGCAGGACCAGCAGCACUUAAUGCAGCAGAUGCAGCAGGGCUCGCCACUGUCGCAGUCCGCGCAGCAACCGCCCACAUCUGCGCCCCAGGGCAUGCUCCUCACGCCACCCGGCCUCCCGCCCCACCACGCCAUCCCUCUGGCCGCUGCCCAGGCCGCCGCAGCGGCCGCGGCUGCGGCCCAGGAGAAGAAGCAGAUGCCGAUGCCGGUGCACUCGCCGCAGCAGAACAACGCCAUGCGAGGAAUGCACCAGCACAUGUCGCCGACGGUGUACGAGAUGGCCGCACUCACGCAGGACCUGGAUACGCAGGUCAUCACCACGAAGAUCAAGGAGGCCCUGCUGGCCAACAACAUUGGGCAGAAGAUCUUCGGCGAAGCUGUGCUUGGUCUGUCUCAGGGCUCCGUGUCCGAGUUGCUGUCCAAGCCCAAGCCUUGGCACAUGCUCAGCAUCAAAGGGCGCGAGCCCUUCAUCCGGAUGCAAUUGUGGCUGUCGGACGCCAACAACGUCGAUCGGCUUCAGGCACUGAAGAACGAGCGCCGCGAGGCGAACAAGAGACGCCGAUCGACUGGUCCUGGCGCGCAGGACAACAGCUCAGACACCAGCAGCAAUGACACGUCGGAGUUCUAUCACUCUAACUCGCCCGGGCCGGGAUCUGUGGGCUCCGUCGGGGCGCCGCCGAGCAAGAAGCAGCGCGUGCUGUUCUCUGAGGAGCAGAAGGAGGCGCUCCGACUGGCAUUUGCACUGGAUCCGUAUCCGAACGUCGCCACCAUUGAGUUCCUGGCCACUGAGCUGGGCUUGUCCACGAGGACCAUCACCAAUUGGUUCCACAACCAUCGCAUGCGGCUCAAGCAGCAGGUGCCGCACGGGGCGCCCAGUGAGCCCCCCGUGCCGCCCAGGGAGAGCCAAUCGGGCGCACCCUUCGACCCGGUGCACUUCCGCAUCCUGCUGAACCAGCGCCUGAUGGAGCUGCAGAAGGAGCGAAUGGGACUCAGCGGCGUUCCUCUGCAGUACACGCCGUACUUUGCCACGAAUCCCAAUCUGGCGGCUCUCAUCAGCCGAGGACUGCUGCCGGGCGCCGGAGAGGCGGAUCUGAGUGCCCUGAAUAGCGCUUUCAAGGAGCAAAUGAGCGGACUGGAUCUGUCGCUGAAGCGCGAGGGCGACGACGACUUCGACGAUGUCGACGGCGAGGCGGAUAGCCACGUGUCGGACGCGGACUCCAUCGAUGAGGUGAAGUCUGAGACGAAGGAGACGCCGGUGGCCGUGCAGGCGUCCAGCGCCCGCUCGUCCAGGAGGAAACCCGCCGCGCCGCAGUGGGUGAAUCCGGACUGGCAGGACGACAAGAAGCCGCCGGCGGCGGGCGGGCCGCGCGAAGAGGAGGUGAUCAUCAAUGGCGUGUGCGUGAUGCAACAGGCGGCGGACUACAGCCGCGCGGCCGGCGAGGAGACCGUCCGCAUCGAGCCGCAGGCCGUCGCGGAGCGCUUCGAGGAGGCCGAGGACGAGGAGCCGGAGGCCGAGGGCGAGGACGAGGCGCGCGCCAGUCCCGCCGUGUCCGAGAAGGCGUCUUCCGAGCAUCCGGCGGUCGCGUCGCCCGACUCCACGGACGACCAUGACAACGGAGCGUCGGAGGCGGCAGUGAAGUCCGAAGCGGCGUCGCCGAUCAAGAAGGAGCUCGACGACGAGAGCGACCGCUGGGAGUACUAAGCAGAGUGAGAACAACGAUUUUUUCCUUUAAGAGAAAGUUCAGUGCAAUUUGCGUGGAGAGAGAAAUCCCAAUCAUCUUCGUAGAUUAGAAAUGUGCGCGGAUAACCAUUGAGAGUUCUAUUGUGAUUGAUUUAAAAAAAAAGGAGAGAAAGAGAAAACGAAUUAGCUGCAAAGGUUCUUUGUUGAAAUAUUAUUUUUUUUUCAUUAUGUUUCCCAAAAACUUUAAGGGCAUGAAAAACAUUUUUAUGUAGACACGGAAGGCGGAUGAGAUAAUGAAUAAGACUGUUACCAAUAUUUUUUCAAGAGACGUAAAAAGCGAUACAAAACAGUGUACAUUUUAUUACAAUGUAUAAAUACACGCUAGAUUUCAGCAUGCAAUUGUUCAAUUGUAAUCUUAAUUGAGACUCUUCGAGCACAGAAACACACUCUUUUCGUGUUUGUCUAUCUUUAAAUUCACCUCCCAUUCCAUUUUAAUUGAGACGACUUUAUAUAGUGUUUAGGUGAGGAUAAUUUUAGGCGGUAUGGAGAAAAUUUCAAUCAAAAUAGAAUCAACUGUAAAUGAUAACAAAGUAAGCGUUAGGCUGAGAGAGAAAAUCUAAACAUAUUGCCAAAAUAGCUGGAACAAGAGGAGAAGGAGAAAUACUAAAUAAUCCCCCGAGGUUGAGAAGUUUGAGACAAGAGAGAGGCGAGAAAUCAGCAGAGAAAUGCAUUAAGAUGUAGUGAAUAAUUUCAUUGUAGAGUAGAAUAUUGCAAAAUUAAAAAGAAAAGAAAAAAAACAGUGGAUGAGAAAUGGUAGAGAAGAAAAAAGAAGAAACACUGAGAAAAGGAUACCAAAAAAUUAUGUAGCUGUAAAAAAAAAUGAAUUAUAAUUUAAAUAGAUGAAGAAUAAUUUCCUCCACCUUUCAAUCAUUGCUGAAGAUUAUAAGAAGAAGAAGACGAAAAAAAGAUCUAAAGUUAGUGUGAAGAACAAGUAAAUCUUAAUAAAUCAAAAUAAUAUUUAAAAUAUUAUUUAGAUCUCAAAAUAUUGUAACCAAAUAAAAGUGAAAAGCAUGAGAAUGUUAGGCGUAGACGAGCGAUUUGGUAGGAGCAUAAGAAAUUCAAGUGUAGAGCAAGCAGAUUGAAUUAAAUAUUAAUCAAACAAAUGUAGUUUCUAAGUGUAUAAAAAGAAGUGCUAGCGAUUUGUGGAUGGAGAAGAGAGCAUCAUUAGUUGAGCAUUAAGGAGAAAAAAAAACAACUCAUAAGAAGAAAAAAAAAUACCUAGAAGAAGAAACUUUACUGUAGAUUAAUAUCCGAGAGGAGAUGAACUCAUUCGCAAGAGCAAGUCAAGGCGGUGAAGAAGGUCAGAAGAGGUGAAUCAACAGCAGAAUAACAACCCCCACGCAUAUCGAAACCCUUGAAAUUUUAUUAUGAUAUCCCAAAAAGUGGAGAAAGAAUAGAAUUUACACUUAAAUGGAGGUAAAAAUCCAGUAAAACAAUUCUUAUAUUAGAUAUGAGUUAAUACUGAAGUUAGUCAU